AUGUCUUCUCCUGUCCUGCUGAUGGUUCCCCUGAUUCUCCAGCUCUCCCCGACCAGAAGCACCAUCCUCACAAUCCACAACAACAAAUAUGACAACUUCGUUGUUGCCAUUCACGACAGCGUCCCAGAGAACCACACCAUGAUAUCCGAGAUGAAGAGCAUCAUCACUGAUGCCUCCUGGGCGCUGUACCAGGCAACCAGGAGACGGUCCUACAUUGGCAGCGUCACGUUCCUUGUCCCAGGCACGUGGUCUAAACAGCCAGCUUGGGGCACUGCGACGGAUGAGACAUUUGAAGAAGCAGAUAUCCGAAUCGACCAGCCAUCUCCAGUAUAUGGGGACAGUCCCUACACGGAGCAGCCUGCUGGAUGUGGCACGCCUGGGAAGUUCAUCCACCUCACACCGGAAUAUGUCCUCAAUACUCGGUACAGGCUGACAAACUGGGGCCAGGGAGGUAGGUAG